AUGGAGCGAGAUGCGGUGGCAAGCACAAGUCGACGAUCCCCCUUGACGCCGCCAUCUACCAACGCGAAACGUAGACGCACUCGUCGCAACUACGAUGUCGAAGGUAUGAAGGCCCCGCCUUAUUAUCCACACCAACGUCCGUCCUCUUCCGGUCUUGUGCUGACCAUGGUCAUCUUUGAUCCUCUUUUGUCUCUUUUCCGCGCUGCAGACCGAACGACCAAAACAGACGUCGGCUCGGCACAGGGCACGUACUGGACGCUCUCGUCGUACAAGCCAGGCUCCGGCGUCGCCGAACUGCGCUCCGCAGACCUCACCAAGCUCUGGCAGUCGGAUGGCAGCCAACCGCAUCUGAUCAACAUCCAGUUCGCGCGGCGGACGUGCGUAACGCAUCUGUCCAUUUUCUUGGACGUCAAGCAGGACGACUCAUACACACCGACCAAAAUCGCGAUAAAGGCGGGCACCAACUACCACGAUCUGACGCUGGUGAGGCAGAGAACGUUCGAGGCGCCACAGGGGUGGAAGCACUUUGAGAUGACGCCGGGCAGCGUGGAUGCUGCGAUGAAUGAGGAGGACGAAGAGGGAGAGGACGGGGAUGCGGAUGUGGACGACGGCGAGGAAGUGGGAGCGGACAAGAUGGACAGCUUAGGUGGCAAGGCAGACGAGGGCGAUAGCGAUGACGACGACGAGGCGACAGGAGGAGCAGAAGGCAUCCGCGUAUGGCUCAUCCAAGUCUGCAUCCUGGCCAACCAUCUCAACGGCAAAGACACGCACAUCCGCAGACUGGUCGUGUUCGGACCCAAAUCAACCAAUACACCGGGCAACCCACGCUAUCAGGGGCUCAAACGCGGACCUGCACAUAGCAGCCUCGAACAGGCCAUGCCGCCCCCCAAGGCUCGAGGUGCGUCUGCGCCGAGCGCGGCUGCAAACGGACAGCACGUCACACUGGCUCAAUUACUCUCGCUGCAGGGUGCGUCUGAUGGCACAGCAGAUGAGACGGACGACGAGAGCGCAGCAGGCUCGGUGCAGCGCAGAUCAGGCCUCAAUCUGUUUGGCAACAUUAGGUGA